AUGGAGGGGGAAGAAACGUUCCUGGAGCUCUUCCUGGCCCGGUGCGCCACCCAGGAUGACCUUGCUCCACCCAGAUCACCCCUGCUCAGCCCAAUUGUGCCUUAUGAUGUGUACAUACCUAAUUCAUCCAAUCCAGAGACUAUGUUUAAUUCACAGCUUGAAGAAGUCACAGAAACAUCUGGCAAUUUCUCAUCUGUGGAUCUUAGCUUCCUACCAGAUGAGCUUACCCAAGAGAAUAAAGAACAGACUGUCAUUAGAAGCAAGCAUGAAACUGAAGAAAAUUGUAAAACUAAAAGUUGGCAAAGUAGGUUGCCAUUACCCAGCCAACAGGACGUUGACCUGGCCUUAAACAGCAGCAGUGGGUCAAAUUCCCAUUCACAUCUCCACCCUGGUGAUGCUGGUGAUGCUGACUCAGCCCAGCCCUCUCCUGAGAAACCACACUCCUUGCCUCUGGCAUCCAUAACUCCCAUGACGCCAGUGACCCCUGUUUCAGGAUGUUCUGGAAUUGUGCCUCAACUACAGAAUAUAGUUUCCACUGUAAACCUGGCCUGUAAAUUGGAUCUGAAGAAAAUAGCUUUGCAUGCAAAAAAUGCAGAAUAUAACCCAAAGAGGUUUGCCGCCGUCAUAAUGAGGAUCCGAGAGCCCAGGACUACAGCCCUGAUAUUUAGCUCUGGGAAAAUGGUCUGCACAGGAGCCAGAAGCGAAGAGCAGUCUCGACUUGCAGCAAGAAAGUAUGCUCGUGUGGUGCAGAAGCUGGGCUUUCCUGCCAGAUUCCUCGAUUUUAAAAUUCAGAACAUGGUUGGAAGCUGUGAUGUGAGAUUUCCUAUUAGGCUGGAAGGUUUGGUGCUAUCCCAUCAGCAGUUCAGUAGUUAUGAACCUGAACUGUUUCCUGGCCUUAUUUACAGAAUGGUAAAACCACGAAUUGUGUUGCUUAUCUUUGUAUCUGGAAAAGUUGUGUUGACAGGUGCCAAAGAACGUUCUGAGAUCUAUGAAGCAUUUGAAAACAUCUAUCCUAUUCUAAAGGGUUUUAAAAAAACCUGA